AUGUCUGCUAGCGCUGAUGCCGGCCCGCCCGCUGCCACGGUACGGCAGCUCCGCCUUCGCGGCGGCCAAGACACCGACAACAGUGACAGCGAGGAGGAAAAAGGCGGAGCGGCCCCGAGGUGGCGUGGUGGCGCGAGUGCAGGCGCGACGGCGGGGACUCGUCCUACGGAUGCGCCGCAGGGGACGUCGUUGCCGACCGCUGCGGCCGCCACCUCCGCAUCACUGCCUCCACGGGCAGGGUCCUCGAGCUCGUUGGAGCUGUUCACAUCAUCCUCGUCGAGGUCCUCAUCACCGGCUCGCUCUGAGCUGCCCCCAGGCCUCAUGAAGUCAACGGCAGCCCCCGCCACCGCCGCGCUCAAGGACCUGCAGGGUGAGAAGCUGAGUGGCAGCAGAAGGAAUAACGGCAGGGUCAGCGACACCCAUCAACGGGGCCGCGGCGUAGGCAACCGCGAGCGCGGCGGCGGCGACACUGCGCCGGCCAGACAGCAAGUGUGGAGUGCUGGCUCGCCUGUGGGGGCAUUAUUGACCCCGACGAGUAUGCAUUCGGCGGUGGAGGAGGACAGGCAGACCGUGCCAGGCAAAGCGACUGCUGGCGAGGCUGCUGUGGUGGUAGAGGUGUCCCCAAUGCCAUCGCCGGCCACCUCCGCCUCACUGGCAUUUCACACGGCUGCGGUGCAGCCGCGAUCGGCUGCGCCAGGCCUCUUCAAAGGAAAGGAGGCGUCGCCACCGACAGCAAUCAAAGGCGCCGCCUUUACCACCUUUCCCACCGCUUUCUCAGCUGACGCUGCAGGCGAGAUGUCGCGGCCUGCGGCGUUCGCCCCCGCCACGACCGUGCCGAGUUCUCCGGCCCUGCCAAGCACAACUAGCAUAGGUUCGCUCCGAACUGAUGCCAUCCCCAUCGUCGAGGCCGCCGUUGCCGCCGUUUAUACGGGCGGUCCCAGUGAAGCGGUACAAGAGUCUUCCCGGACGAGUGUUGGUUCCGCGGCAUCACCGAUGGGGGCCCUCAAGGCUCCUCUGGCGGCGCAGAGCUCAUCGUCUUCCUUGGAUGGUGAUCCUGUCGUACUAGCACCCGUGCAGAUUGCCAGACCGACGAGCACCGGACGCCCUUCCAGUGACGCGGCCACUGCCACACUGGGUCUUUCCAUACGUAAACUUACCGUGCCGUUCACCACCGCGGCGGAGGUGGACACGUUACCAUCUUCCUCGUCUUCGCGGCAGCUUCUACCAUCUACCACGCGGCCGUCUACUGCUGCCGCUGCUUCUGCUGCUGCUGGGCGGACUGCGACUCCAGCGGCAGCCUCCACUGCUUCGUCAUCCGCCUUCACCGCAGUGCCCGACGGCAGAAGCAGCGCUUUGGGUACUGGCAGUCCUAUGCUGUCCGACCCGGGCAGUGUCGUGUACAAUCGUGUGAGUGCGCAAGGUCGCGGCUCCGUGCCGUUGAACGUACUCGAGGGCCCGUCGCGGCCCAAGUGGUGCGGCCUGCCGGGCGAGCAUACGGCAUCCCCCUCCCCUGCCACUGUGGCGGCACAGUCCGCGGCUAUCUCAGCAGCGCCUCCCCCACCACCUGGGCCUGUUGUCUCGACGCAGGCUGCCCACGCAGCGGAGCCAACGCCAGCGGCGGCGCGUGCCAGCGCGUUCUCCACGUCGCAGCCGUCUGUAAACCUGCUUACUCGGCCGCACCGGCAAGCGCCCCGGCAGCCGGGAGCGACUCACACGUCUGCUGUCCUCUCCCUCAUUGAAGACGACGAUGAACGGCCACGGUGUAGCUCCCCUCCGGCCUCGAGUACCCCAUCAACAGGGAGAAACAGGGCAGAGACAGGGCAACCAAAGACCGUGAGUGUGCAGGCCCGCAGCCCCCCGUCGUCGUCCACCGCGUCACCACCUUCGCCACCCACAGGGCGUGACGCUUCUUCCGCGGACGGCGCGACGUCGCCUCUCCUGUCGCGGUCUGCCACCGUGACUGCAGCUCAGAGGCAGCGGGAGGCAGCUUUGGUGAUCUACGAUGAUCGCGUGCCCCCUGAAAGACGGCGGGCAAAGCGCCAGGCGGGGCCCAUGACCGGCCAAACAGCUGCGAUGACUCUCACAGACCCUAUGUCGGUGUGUGUGCUGCGCGGACUACGGACGGACGACCGGCAGGAUGGAAACAGGGAAGGCCCACUGACGUGUCGUCCCAUCUUGCGCAUUGUUGGUGCUGGAUGGCGCAGGAGUCCUGUCGACUGGGCUUAUGGAAAGCCCCCGCUCGAUCGCAGAGCCGCCGAGGAUGACGAUUGUGAAGGUGUAGACGACAGCGACAACGCUACUCGUGGUAGGCUUGAUCACUCUGCUGCAAUACACGGCUUCUCCAGUGUACCCACUGGGCACGACCAAUAUCCUGUGCGGAGCUCCGGCGAGGACCGAUCAGCGAAGCUAACGAUGCAUUCCGCAAACAACUACACGGUGCAGCGACUCUUUAGCGCGACUCAGCCGCAGCAGCCGCAGCACAAGGCGCGCGCCGGCUCCUACGUCUCCGGCACUGGUCACGGUGAAUCGGUGCCAUGUGUAGUGAUGCGCCUCGAACGGCAGGGCGCGCGGACAGCAAGUGACGUUCAUGCCACUCACGGGGACGUCAGUAGCGGAGGACCGUCAUCCGCAAAUCUCCCACCCGCUGCGGCAUCGAGAAGGGCCGCGGUGUCGCCUCUCACCGAUGAGUCCGUGAAUGUCGACUUGCUCAACUACCGCCGCUCUCGACGAAAGCAGCAGCGCUGA